GUUUGUCAUAAAAUAACCUCAAUCGCGCAAGAUAACCAAACUUUCUUUACAUCAGCUUCAGUAAUCAGUUCGUAUUUGGUCCAUGUGCCGGCACAGUCUAGCAUCUUUUGCGAGCAGACAUUUAUAAAUAAAACUUUGCCAAAAUGACCAAAGUUCCAUUUAAAGUCGCUGAUCUCAAAUUGGCUGAAUGGGGCCGAAAAGACAUCAGUCUGUCUGAGAAUGAAAUGCCAGGGCUGAUGGCGCUUCGCAGGAAAUACGGACCUGAGAAAAUCCUCAAAGGGGCGAAGAUUGCCGGUUGUCUUCACAUGACCAUUCAAACUGCAGUUCUGAUUGAAACUUUGAUCGAAUUGGGUGCUGAGGUGAAAUGGUCCAGUUCUAACAUUUUCAGCACCCAAGACCAUGCGGCUGCAGCAUUGGCAAAAAAGGGGAUCGCUGUUUACGCCUGGAAAGGCGAAACCGACGAAGAGUUUAUUUGGUGCAUUGAACAAACUCUUGUAUUUCCUGAUGGAAAGCCAUUCAAUCUUAUACUUGACGACGGAGGAGACUUAACGAAUCUGGUUCAUGAAAAGUACCCGCAAUAUUUGAAGAACUGCAAAGGUCUCAGUGAGGAAACCACUACUGGAGUGCACAAUUUGUACAGAAUGCUGAAGUCUGGAAAACUGCAAGUUCCAGCCAUCAAUGUUAAUGAUUCUGUUACCAAGAGCAAAUUCGAUAACUUAUAUGGAUGCAGAGAAUCUCUAAUUGACGGUAUUAAGAGAGCAACUGAUGUGAUGAUCGCUGGAAAGGUUUGCGUCGUUGCUGGAUACGGUGAUGUUGGAAAAGGCAGUGCCCAGUCGCUGCGAGCUUUCGGGGCCAGAGUGCUGAUCACUGAAGUCGAUCCAAUCAACGCACUUCAGGCAGCUAUGGAAGGAUAUGAAGUAACAACAAUGGAAGAAGCGAGCAAAGAGGGCCAAAUCUUCGUUACAACCACCGGGGACAAAGACAUUAUUUUGGGCGAGCAUUUACUAAAUAUGCGCAAUGACUCAAUCGUCUGUAAUAUUGGGCAUUUCGACUGUGAAGUCGACGUGGCCUGGUUGGAAAAGAACCAUAAAAGCAAAGUUAACAUCAAACCCCAAGUCGACAGAUAUGAAUUGGCCAAUGGCAAUCAUAUUAUCGUACUUGCGGAAGGCCGUUUAGUCAAUCUGGGUUGCGCCACUGGACAUUCGUCGUUUGUUAUGUCCAAUAGUUUUACGAAUCAAUGCCUAGCUCAGAUCGAACUCUGGACUAAGCCAGAAGACUAUAAGGUGGGAGUUCACACGUUGCCAAAGAUUUUAGAUGAAGAAGUCGCCAGACUGCAUUUGGAUCAUUUAGGCGUUAAGCUGACCAAACUUAGCCCGGAACAGGCCAAAUAUAUUGGAGUCCCGGUCAAUGGGCCAUUUAAGCCUGAUCACUAUCGAUACUGAUUAAUUUUUCUACAUUUUCCUAAGUGUUUUCAAACGAAAGGUGUGUGUGCUCUAUUAGUUUCCACAUUUUUUAUGUAUUGAAUUUAAGAAUAAAUCACCCCAUAUACUUUA